GUUGAACUGUCAACAGAGGAUUUUCUGAUCAUUGGAAUCAGAGAACUUUGGGACCCAAUUAGGACGAAUUAUGGCUCAAAAUAACAAAUUACCUGCUCUAGCACUUCGCUCGGGCACGGGAAUUGAAAUUUGGAAGGCAACUUCCAACAAAAGCUUCGUAGCUGAUGCCUCAUUUGUGCGUGACGAAAGCAAAAACUGCCGAGCUGUCGUUUUCAGUCCCAAUGGCGAGUACCUUGCAUGGGCAAACGGUACAAAAGUGCAUGUUGCAACGCCAAAUUGGAAAGUAAUCACUUCACUGCCUCGCCCAAAGGCCUUUUACUUGAAAUUCUCCCCCAAAGGCACGUACUUGAUGACAUGGGAAAUCUUCACGACAUCUCCCGCUAAUCCCGAGGGAUCGGCAAAUUUGUAUUUUUACAAAACAACGACGGGCGAAGAGGUUUUCUCGUGCAUCCAGAAGCGUCAAAUUGAUUGGGAGCCGCAUUGGAGCUCGGAUGAGUCACUUGUGGCUUUGAUGAUUGGCGGCGAAGUUUUGUUUUACGAGCUCAAGAGUGAAACGGGACUCAGUAAGCCAGCGAAACGUCUUGGCGGAGGCAGAAAUGGAUCAGUUUCGUUAUCGCCCGGCAAUAAUCCACACAUUGCGUUUUAUAUUCCGGGAGUUAAGGGCGCUCCGUCGAUGUGCAAGUUGUUCAAGUACCCGAAUAUCGAUGCGCCUCAACCGAUUGCCCAAAAAAGCUUCUUCCAAGCGGAUAAUGUGCAAAUGAUGUGGAAUGCUCGAGGCACGGGAUUACUUCUUUUGACUUCGACUGAUGUUGAUGCCACGGGAGUCUCGUAUUACGGCAAGCAAGCGUUGCAUUUCAUCAACACGAAGGGAGAUUCGUUCUCGGUGCAACUCAAAGUCGAAGGUCCCAUUCAUUCGGUAGCUUGGAGUCCUCGUUCUACGGAAUUUUGUGUCAUUUAUGGGUACAUGCCAUCGAAAGCGACGCUUUUCAACGUGAAAUGUGACCCAAUUUUCGAUUUCGGAACAGGACCUCGAAAUGCCGUUCAUUUCAAUCCACACGGAAAUCUCGUUUUAUUCGGCGGUUUCGGAAAUUUACGAGGACAAAUCGAAGUUUGGGAUUUGGAAAAGAAAAAGCAAAUUUGUUCAUCAUCCGCUCCUGAUACCACACAACUCGAAUGGAGUCCAACGGGAGAUUUUUACGUAACAGCUACUUGUGCGCCUCGUUUGCGAAUCGGUAACGGAUUCAAGGUUUGGCAUUACUCCGGAGCACUUUUACACGAAACAUUAUGGCCCGAAAAACAGGAAUUGUGGGAAGUUCAAUGGCAAACUUUCCCUCCGGAGACUUUUAAGGCUCCAGUCGUGACAGGCGAGAAAGUUGUCGGCAUCCAAUCGAGUACCCCACAAGCCAGCAAAGCGAAAUAUGUUCCUCCAAGUCUUCGUAACUUGCCUGCUGGAGCAGAUCCUGAUGAGAAAUACAUCCCCGGAUUGCCGCCAGGGUACAAAUCAUCAUCGGCAGGCGCAAAAAAUCAACGAAAACCAAACAAUCGUCCUCAAACGACAACGGGCGAGCAAAAACAACAAAAACCUAAUGGACAAAACAGACCAGAAACUGCUGGAAAUAACACGGAAGAUGCUUCAAAAUCGGAAAAAGACCCAAAAUUGGCGAAAAUUCACAAAAAAUUACGCGAAAUCCGCAUCUUGAAGGACAAACAGGAAAAGGGCGAGAAAUUAGACGGCAAUCAAAAGCAAAAACUUGAAUUGGAACAGUCGCUCGUGAAGGAAUUGAACGAAUUGAAGUUAGCACACAAGGCUCAAAAAGCCCAAAAAACGCCUUGAAAUCUCACGUCAAUUUCAAUAGUUGUUAAAUUUUUACGAUAAUUACAAUUUUGAAUGUUAUGAACAUUGCCAGUGCUGAGAAAUAAAUCGAAAUUUGAGAA